AUGUUUUUAGUAUUAUUUAUUAUUAUUUAUUUAAAUUUAUUUCUUUUCAAUAUAACAUUAUCAUCAUUAUCAAAUACAUUAGUUUUUUCAGCUGGACCUAAUUCAUAUGUUGCAUUCGAUUCAUGGCGUCCAUGUCUUAAUGGUUAUGUUCGUUUUGAUAUACGAACAAAUGCAAAUGAUGGUACACUUGCAUAUAUAGAUGAUCGUGGAAAAUUUGAUUUUUUUUAUUUAAAAUUAAUUGAAGGUAAAUUACGUCUUUUAUUUAAUUUGGGAAAUGAUCGACAAGCUUUAAAUGUUAAUAUGAAAAUAAAUGAUGAUCAAUGGCAUACGAUUUUAAUUAAACGUGAUGGACAAACAACAAUACUUAGUAUUGAUAAUGAUUUAAUAUCAAAUUCAACAAUAACAUAUUCAGAAGAUUUAUAUUUUGGUGGUACAACACAUAAUGAAUAUCAAGCAUCACCAUUUUAUUUUGGAGGUAUACCAGCAGCAUUAGAACGUCCAAGUAGUGGAAAUUUAUCCUCAUUUGAUGUCUACAUGCAACCACGUUUUCGUGGUCGAUUACGUAAUUUAAUUUAUAGAAAUUGUACAAAUUCUCGUCUUAUACAACCUGUUCAUUUACAAAUCUCAGGUGGUGUAUCAUUAUUACAAAAUCAUCAUUGUUCAAGUCAAUUAUGUCGUUUUGGUAUAUGUUUAAUAACAGAUACAAAUUAUAAAUGUUUAUGUGAUGAAACAGAUUAUCAUGGUGAACAUUGUGAAUAUGAACGUAAACCAAAUGAAUUAACAUUUAAUGGUAAAAAUUAUUUAAUAUAUAAUUUUAAUCAAACAUUAUUAAGUAUAAAUGAAAUAAUACAAUUUCAAUUUAAAACAAAUCAUUAUAAUGCAUUAUUAUUUCAUAUAAUUGAACAAAAUUUAUAUAUUAAAUUAAAACAAGGACAAAUUAUAAUUGAAUAUCGUUUAAAUAAUCAAUUAUAUGAAACAUCAACAAAAGAUCUUUAUCUUAUUGAUAAUCAAUGGCAUUAUAUACAAAUAAAACGUAAAUAUGAACAAAUAAUUAUAAUGAUUGAUGAAUAUCAUUUACAAUUAGAUAAUGAUAUUAAAAUUGAACAAUAUAAUAAUUUAAAACAAAUAUAUAUUGGUGGAAAUAAUAAUGAAAAUUUUGAAAAUUUUUAUGGUUGUUUAAAAGAUAUAACAAUAAUAAUAAAUGAUACAAUAAAAUAUUCUAUAAGUGAUUAUUUUUUAAAUAAACAAAUAAAUAAUGAUAAAACAUUACGUUGUUCAUCAUUAUUAAAUCCAAUUGAAUUUCUUAUAUCAUCAUCAUAUAUAUCAUUUGAUUUAUUUGAAUCUAUACAACAAAUGAUAAAUUAUCAAUUAAAUAUAUCAUUUCAUUUUCAAACAUAUUCAUCUGAUGCUAUAUUAUUAUAUUGUAUUAAUAAAUAUAAUAAUGAUUUUCUUGGUUUUGAUUUAAUUGAUGGAUUUUUUUAUAUAACAAUUAAUUUAAAUAAUAAAAAACAACGUCAAGAAUUAUUUCAACAACGUUUUAAUAAUGGACAAACACAUUUUAUUUUUUUACAUAUACAAGGUUAUCAAGGUGGUUUAGAAUUUAAUAUAACAAUGAAUUAUAGACAAAGUACAAGAAUUAUUAUUCAACAUAUUUCAUCGAAAAUUCAUUUACAUACAUUAACUAUUGGUGGUAUUAAUCCAAAUAUACAAUGGUUACCAAAUAAUUAUUGGUCUGGUAUAAUGCAUCGUGGAUUAAUUGGUUGUUUUUCAGAUCUUGAAUUAAAUAAUGAAGCAAUUAAUUUAACGAAAUAUAUUAAUUAUACAAAUAAUAAUAUAACACCAAAAAGUGGUCCAUGUUUAACAACAUUACCAUUAAAACAUGAAUGUUUAUGUGAACAUGGUGGUGAAUGUCGAUUAAAUAAUGAUGGUAGAUGGUCAUGUGAUUGUUCAAAAACUGGUUAUACGGGUAGACGUUGUGAACAUGCAACAUAUUAUAUUGAUUUAAAUAAAAUUCAUAUAUUUGAACUUAAUACACAUUUACAAUGGAGUGAACAAAUAAAUGAUAUUUCAUUUGGAUUACAAGCUAUACAUGAUCAAGAAAAUUUUCUUGAAUUACGUUCAUGUCAUCAAACAAUAGAAUGUGAUUCAAUAAGUUUUUCAAUACGUAAUGGUUUAUUAAAAAUUAUUUUUCAUUAUUCAAAUAUAAUAAUUAAUAUAACAGGUGAACAUCCAUUUAUACUUGAUAAUCAAUGGCAUUAUAUUCAUUUAUAUCGUAUUGAUACAAAAUUAUUAUUACAUAUUGAUCAUCAUAUAUCACAACAACGUAUAAAUAUUAUUGAAACAAAUCAAACAUUAUUAUCAACAAUAUGGUUAAUAUUAAAUGGUAAUAAACAAAUAUAUAUUGAAGAUUUACGUAUAUAUGAUCAAUCAAUAAAUUCAAAAUUUUUUUUAUAUAAUCAAUAUGAACAAAUACAAUUAAAACAACGUAUAUGGAAACCUUUAAAUUCAAUAUCAUUUUAUGAACAACAAGAUUCAUAUAUAACAAUAUCAUUAAAUGAUAUACUUUGUCAAGAAUGUGAAUUAGAUACAAUUUAUUUUGAUUUUCGUACAACAGAAUUAACUGGUUUAAUAUUAUUUGCUAAUAUUCAAACAAAUAAUCCAAAAAUGAGUUAUUCAUUAAGUAAUACAAUUGAAAAAGAUGGUCAAUAUUUAAUAAUAAAAUUAAUUGAUGGACAAUUACAUUUAAUUGUUAUUGUUGCAUCAUUAUAUGAAUAUGAAGAUGAAAUAUAUCAUAUACAAACAAAAACACGUUUUAAUGAUGGUUAUUGGCAUCAUAUAUCAUUACAUCGUGCUAGUGAUUAUCAUUUAGAAUUAAUUAUUGAUUCAUUUGAAUAUUAUUUAUUAACAUCAAUACAUUUUAUUGAUACAAUUUAUUUUGGUCGUCCAUCAUUUUUAUCAUUAGAUAGUUUACCAUUUAAUAAUACAAAUACAUUAAAAACAUGUUUAGCAUCAUUAACAAUAAAUAGUCGUACAAUUAAUUUACAUGAAUAUAUUAAAACAAAUAUACAUAUACGUAAUGAUUGUUUUCUUGAAUCACAAUGUCCAUUACGUUAUUGUCAAAAUACAGGUAUAUGUAUUGAUCGUAUUAAAUGUAAUUGUCAACAUACAAGUUUUCAAGGAGAUUUUUGUACGGAAUUACGUACAGGAUAUUUUUUUAAUGAAUAUAUAUCUGGUUUAAUAUUUGAUCAACCAUAUCAAAUUGAUUAUAAAUUAAUAAAUUAUAAAAUAUCAUUUGGUAUUGUAACAAAAAUGAUAAGUGGUGAAAUAAUACGUAUUAGUGAUCAAAUACAAAUUGAAUUAUAUCGUGGACGUAUUAGAAUAAAAUUAAUGAUAAAUAUAAAUAAUGAUAAUGGUUAUUUAGAUAAUGAUAUUAUGGUUAAUGAUGGUUAUUAUCAUUUAAUACAAAUUCAUUAUAAUUCAACUGGUUAUUUAAAUUUAAAUGUUGAUAAUAAACCAACUUUUAAACAAUUAACAUAUCGAUUAUCAUUUGAUAAACCAUUAUUAUUAUUAAUUGGACAAAAUCCAGCAUUUAGACAUGGAUUUCAGGGUCAACUUUAUGGUCUUGAAUCUGAUAUCUAUCCAGUUUUUGAUAUGAUUUCCCCAACAUUCCAACGUAUAUCAUAUUCACCCAUACAAGAUAAAAUAUUUUCAUCAUCAUCAUUAUCAUCAAUUAUUUAUCCAUCAUCACAAGAUCAAAAUGAUUUAAUAUCUUCAUUAUGUUCAUCUCAAUCCAAUGAUGAUAUUUGUAUAAUUACAUCUGAUAGAAGUUCACGUUAUUUAACAUAUCCUAAUGUAACACUUUUAAAAUUUACACCAACAAGUAAACAUUUAUCAACAACAACAUCAAUAACUUCUUCAAUUAUAUCUCGAUAUAUAUCAUCAUCAUAUUCAACUUCAACAAUUUCAUAUCAAAUUUAUAAUUUUUCAACAUUAACAUCAUCAUCAAAUUAUCUAUUAAAUACAACAUAUUAUGUUGAAAACCCACCAUUAAUUGUUUCAAUACGUACACCAACAUCAAAUAGAUCUCGAAAAAUUUUUUAUCGACAAAAAUUUUGGAUUAUUUUAAUUCCUAUUUUAUGUGGAAUAAUAUUAUGUUUAUUAUUUAUAAUAUGUGCUUUUAUAAAAUAUCGUCGAAAAGAUGUUGGUGUUUAUGAAGUUGAAGAAGCUCAACGUUUUCGACCAUUAAUUGUUGAAUUAAAUUCUUCAUCCGGUGAACGUAAUCAAGAUAAUUUUAAUUCAACAACAACAACAACAUUAACAAAACAUAUAUCAAAAAAAGAUCAUAUUAAAUCACAUAAAAAUCGAAAACGAAAAAAAUCUCCAUUAACUACAACUGAUGAACAGCGUGAAUUUUAUAUUUAA